AUGAAAUUGUCAGAGGAAGUUGAUGGACAAGUUACAAGCGAAUGGAGGAGUUGUGAGUCCGACCAAGGAGGGUCUUCGGCCAUUGGGAGUUUGACCGACGACUUGGGUUACUUCUGUCUACCCCUCUGGAAAGGGGACCAAUAUGAGAAAGAGGAAGAAGAAAGAUACAAGGCCGUUGAGGCAGAAGUAGAGCUAGAGCUUUACCACAGACAGAGGUUGUUGAGUUCUUAUGGGCAGGAGAACAUGGAGUUGAUAAACUUGUUUCUAGAGAUCCUCCAUUGCCUGAACAUGUUGCUAAUUCUCGAUUGUGUGCUGUGA